AUGAUAAAGGAGAGCAAGGCAGACGUGCAACUGGCACACACCUUCGGUCCGUCUAUUUAUCUUUAUAUCCUCCUCCCCUCCCCUCCAACUGGCCGGGAGAUGGGAAACUCCAAGGACGGCAGCUCUACGUUGGUAGACUUGGGCAAAGAGUUGACCUGUUCGAUAUGUACGGAGAUCCUCUACCAGCCCUUGACGUUGCUCGACUGUCUACAUACGUUCUGCGGAUCGUGUCUGAAAAGCUGGUUCUCGUGGCAGGCGUCGAAUCCGGCAGACGUCAGUCGACCGCGGUUUACCUGUCCCUCAUGUCGGGCUGCUGUCCGAGACACUCGACACGAUGCAAAGGUCACCACCUUACUCGACCUCUUCUUGCAAUCGAACCCGGGCCAGGCCAAGUCGGCCGAGGAGAAGGAGGAGAUUGCGGCGGACUACAAGCCUGGGGAUUCGGUGCUGCCUGAGGUUGAGCAAGCGGUGCGGUCUGCCAGUGACGAUGAGGAUGACAGGAUCCUGGCUGAGGUCAGAGAUAUGAGCUUGCGGGAUGUUCAGGGCACAAGUGGGCGUCGACAUCGUAGUCCGCUGGCGGUGUCUCGUUCGCGAGGAAGAUCGGAUCGCAGCCCGGUAGCGCAGGCGAGGGAACAGCGACUGGAAGAUGCCCGGCGGAGAAGACGCACGGAGAGACGAAUGAAUGCAUCACCGGCCAUGCGCGACUCGAGAGAUACGAGUCCGGAUUCAAGAAGGGUUGAACACCAGUCCAGUUUACGAUCCCUCAUCGGAUCAACGGGCGAAUCUGCCAUUGAAGAUGAGAUUCUUCGCCAGAUUGCCGAGGAGGGAUUGCUAGAUGGGAUCGACCUUCAUAGCCUGACACCCACGCAGGAGGACGAGUUGACAGAGCGUAUCGCGCAAGCCUUUAGACGACGGCACAGGGUUCCCUCCCCUACUCGCGAUUCCCGGCAAAGCGACAGUUCCAGACAGAGUGACAGUGCCCGGCAAAGUGACAGUGAACCGACGCUUCAACGCCAGGUAUCACAGGAUAGACAACAGGAGAGAUCACCCAGUGCUUCAGCCUCCACGCCUCCUCGGACUCGAGAGCCUACUCGAGAGCCUGCUCGAAGAGCUCCUCCAGCUUCACGCCCACGUCUCCUAGACCCCAGCACUGCAAACCGCGCUUCAAAUCAUCGUCGAAGCACCUCGGAGCAGGGCACAGGGACACGACGACGACGCACAUCGCCAACUCCGCCUACUGGCUCUUCACUCUCGUCCGAUGCACUGGCACAGCCUGCCGCCCAUACAACCAAUGUAGCUGCUGGCACUGUUACUGGCACUGGGUCAGGACCGUCUCGCAGACGAGCCUCAAAUAGCUCUCUUCCAUCCCCUUCACUUCGCCAUCAGGUCACCCCGCCGUUUCAUAUCAACCCUCCAAGACGCCCUUCAUCACCUGGAGAGAGGCAGCGGAGGCCGAGUCCUGCUUCACCAAGUCUAAGAAAUGCCACAUCUGAGCCUCAGCAGCCUCCCCCGGCCUCCAUUGCAAGCGCAAUCACUGCCUCCCGCCCAUCAAACAGGCCCCAGAUUUCACAGUCACAACCAACUACUCCUGCCACUGCUACAGCUGCUACCAAUACGCCCAGUACAGCCAGCCCUCCAACAGGGCCAACCAGACGGGUAUCAAAUCCUGUUUCUCUACCGUCUUCUCAACCUCCAGUGCAGACACCUCCUGAGCCGUCCAUAUCAUGCGAACGAUGCAAAAAGAACAAUAUACAAUAUGAACUACAUAAAUACUGCAAGCAUUGCAAAUCUGGCAAUUACUCCCUCUGUGUGCGUUGCUAUCGUCUAGGCCGUGGUUGUCAACACUGGUUUGGAUUCGGGCAAGCGGCACAAUACUUUUUCGAAAAGAAGAUGUCAUCUUCAAGUAAACCGCCAGAAGAGCGAGAACCUCCCCACAAGCUGUACUGGCGAAAAUAUUUACGGCCAUCGGAAGAACGGUCAUCCCAAAGCUCGCGACCAGGCUACACGCUGCCUUCCAAACGAGUGCAGACAGGCAUGUUCUGCGAUAUGUGCGAGCGGUUUUCGGACGAGUGUUUCUGGAAAUGCAGAGAGUGCAAUGAUGGGGAAUGGGGAUUUUGUAACAAAUGCGUUAACCAGGACAAAUGUUGCACUCAUCCUCUAUUACCUAUUACUCGCGUAAAGAGUAAGCCCAGGACCGAAGCACAAAACUCCCAGCAAACUACACCAACACCAGCAGCAGUUACAACAACUACAACAACACCUCCUUCUCCAUCGAUAGAAGCUGAAUAUCGACCUCUCACUUUCUCUACGCAAUGCAACGUCUGCACCUAUCCCAUUCCCCCGUCAACGACGCGAUUCCACUGCAGUCAGUGCAACGAUGGGGACUAUGACAUGUGUACCAACUGUUACCUGAAACUAGGUGCAUCGGGGAAAAUUAGUAAAGAGAAUGGCCGAAAUGGCUGGCGGAGAUGUCUACAGGGGCAUCGGAUGAUAAUCGUCGGCUUCCAGGACCAUCGAGUCGGACAGAUGAGGGUGAUUGUUCAGGGCCUUGUGGGCGGCCACGCCUGGAAGGACGAACACAUUCCGGCCUCUGCAUCAACUUCUAAGAAAGACACCGCCGCCACCGCUGCUGCGGCCACAAGUCCAUCUAGCCCCGCCUCCGAAAUCAACGGAGGUACUCUACAGCUCAAGCGACAGGAUUCCGGCCGAUGGACAUGGACCGAACCGGCCGAAUCCAGCGACGGUAGCUUCCGUCAUAGACGCAGGCUUAAUCGAGCCAGACAACACUUGACAUCCGGGCAAGAUAGCCCGUCGGAUAGCGCUUCGUCGUCCCCGUUCCCCACUACCCGCUUCCCGCCAUCUGGCGGUAUAGGGCUACGUCUCAUCGCCAAAUGGUCACAUUAUCCUGAACCUGGAGAAAACGAUGAAAUAUUGUUUCCCCGCGGAGCAGAGAUCACAGAGGCAGAAAAUAUCAAUGAUGACUGGCUUUGGGGGUGCUAUGCUGGACAGAAAGGGUUUUUGCCUGGCGGGUAUGUUCUUGUCAUUGAGGAUAUUGGGGCAGAUGGGCCUCGAUGA